GGAUGAGUCGUUACGUGUUCCCGUCCCUACCGUAACCGCCGCGACGGGUGUCACUCGGUCUGCUGUUAUCCUCGCCGCCGGUCGUUGGGUCAACUCGUUGCAGUUCGUCUCGCCGCGACUCUCCUCGCCAUGGAGACUUACAACAACUAUUGUACGACAGGGUAAACCGUGACGAGGCAGCGCUCAACGCGCGCAGCUACGUUCAGUGUGUAACUUAAAGUGUGAAACUUAACAGAUAUCUACGAUCGCACGAUUCCGCGGAGUGUGAUACGUUUGUAAAUCGUGAUCGCGGCGUGAUUCGAUAUUUUGUACGGGAUCCUUGAGUGGAAAUUUAACGACAAGCAAAAUUGUUUUGGACGGAAAACUUGACAGAGAAAAGGGCCCCGUACGGGGAGCAACGCAGCUGAACAUAGCUGCCGUCCGUCGGCAGGACGUGCAGCGACGGACCAGAGUUGCUCACAACCGGGGUGUGUGCUUAUAUACCUGCUGUCUCGGCAUCGUUCGAGUUCCCGGGAAUCUCAACGGGAAUACAACAACAACAACAACGAGGCUCGGACCUCGCCAGUGUGUUUCGGUGUGACAGUGACGCUCUUGGUUCUGUUUCGGUUCCUCCGGUUUUGUGUGCGAUGUGCUACGAUCCCAUCGGUCUCCUCAUCCACUAUCUCAAGGCGUAGUCGGAGCUCGGAACUUCACAAUGGAGUGCCGCAGGGGUCUACGCAGAGCAGUUCCGAUCCUUGGGCUGCUACUUGCGUGGCUCUUAACCAACUGCACCGUCUUCGCAGGUGACCUUGCAGAAGGAGUCAAUGUCGCUUACGCCUGCGAGGGCAAGAUGUUGGAAAUGCAGUGCCAGGAGGGUCACCUGAUCCGCAUGGUGCGGGCGAAUUACGGUAGAUUUUCCGUCACGGUGUGCAACGACGAGGGAGAAACCGAGUGGAGCGUCAACUGUAUGGCGCCCAAAACCAUGACCGUGCUGACCGACGAGUGCAAUCGUCGAAAUUCCUGUAGGGUGGCGACGACGAACGACGUUUUCGGGGGGGACCCUUGUCCCGGAACGCCGAAAUACAUCGAGGCCCAGUACGAGUGCAUAGCGACCACCACGACGACGCCGCGGCCAAGUCCGCCGUGGCUCCUCACAACGCAACCGUUCUGGAGUACGGCGAAGACGACGACCGUCAGGAUACCCGAUUUACCACCGGGCUAUCAACUGCCGAACAUUCCGCCUCAGCAGCCGGAUUUUCGUCAACCACCGUAUGUCCCGAUAACACCGGCCAGUCACACGUCGACAAAGGCGACCGUUGAGAAGACCGAGGAGGAGGACCGAGGAGAGAGCUUAGUACCUCCUGAGAACGGUUCUCCGGCGAAAAUCCCGCCGAUGUUGACCGUACCCGAGACCACUGUAGCUACGACAACAACCACAUUCACUCCCUGGAGAAGGACCACCGCGGUGCCCAGCACGCUGGAGCACUACGACUACGGCAAGCAAGCAUGUCCCGCGGUAACGGCUAGGAAUCUGUCCUGGAAUCGGACCAAGGCCGGCGAUGUGGCUGUGCAGAGUUGUCCAGGUGGUGCCAACGGUCUGGCGAGAUGGCGGUGCGUGGCGCAGGGAGAAUCCGCCGUCUGGCAACGCGAUUCUCCGGAUCUGAGCGAGUGCAGGUCCGUCUGGCUGACUUCGCUGGAAAACCGCGUCUCGGACGGCGACACGAUUCUCGGCGUCAAUCGGGAAUUGUCGCAAGUGACGAACAACACGCGCGGUCUGUACGGCGGCGACAUGAUGAUCACGACGAAGAUCAUCAAGAACAUGGCCGAGAAGAUGGCGGUGGACAUCAGGACCUUCCAGGAUCCGCAUCAGAGAGAGGCGAACGUCCAGGAGCUGCUUCAGGGUGUGUUGAGGACUGGAAGCAAUCUGCUCGACAAGGCGCAAAUGGCGUCGUGGAAGGAUCUCAGUCAUCAGGAGCAGAUGCGAGUCGCCACGUCGCUGCUAACCGGUCUCGAGGAGAACGCUUUCUUAUUGGCCGAGACACUCACGGAGGAGAAAACCAUCAUAAAGCAGAGUAAAAAUAUACUGGUAGAAGUUCGCGUGCUGGACGCUCGCAACAUGGGCAAUGAGCAGCAAGUUUUCCCGAGCGAGGAGACGGAGCAGAUGUGGACCGUCUCGAGCGAUCGCGUGGAACUUACCAAGGCCGCGCUGCUGGACAACAGCGACAAUGGCGUCGUCCGGCUGGUCUUCAUGGCCUUUGACAAACUCGAAGAGAUACUGCAGCCGCAGGAGGAGUCGCUGUCCGGUUUCACGAGCGACGAUACCCAGCCGCGGAAGAACCGUCUUCUCAACACCAAAGUCAUCUCGGCGUCGUUGGGAAAAGGCCGGCACAUACAGCUCUCAGAACCCGUCCGGAUGUGUUUCAAACAUCUGACGGUCGACAAUGUCACCAAUCCCACUUGCGCCUUCUGGGAUUACACCUUGAGCUCCUGGGCAGACGAAGGAUGUAAGGUAAUAAAGACUAACAAGACCCAUACCGAGUGCGAGUGCAAUCACCUGACGAAUUUCGCCGUGCUGAUGGACGUGCACGCAGUACCUCUGGACGGUCCUCACAAGAUCGUUCUGCAGGUCACCACGUACACAGGAUGCAUCAUAUCUAUCGUCUGCUUCGUCCUGACCAUUCUCACGUUUCACUUUUUUCGCGUACUAAAGUCGGACAGAACGAUAAUCCACAAGAAUCUCUGCACGUGUUUGCUGAUAGCCGAGAUACUUUUCGUCUGCGGCAUCAAUCAGACUGAUCAGAGGGUCGUUUGCGGUGUUGUGGCUGGUUCGAUGCAUUACUUCUUCUUGUGCGCGUUUUUCUGGAUGUUCCUCGAAGGAUUUCAAAUAUACGUGAUGGUGAUCGAGGUGUUCGAAUCGGAGAAGUCGCGGAUUCGCUGGUAUUAUCUGUUCGCGUAUUGUAUACCGGCGCUAAUCGUCAUGAUUGCUUGCGCGGUCGACCCGCUCAGCUACGGUAUGGACCGUUACUGCUGGCUGCGCGCGGAUAAUUAUUUCAUCUUUAGCUUCGUUGGACCUGUGAUACUCGUUCUGGUGGCAAAUCUGAUCUUUCUGUCGAUGGCGAUCUUCAUGAUGUGCCGACAUUCGAAGACAGUGGCCAUGAAGAAUCAGGAACAUUCCCAAUUGGCUAGAGCAAAUGGAAAGGAAGAGAAUGUUCUUCCCAACAAAUUACAAGCGCACUUAACAUGGCUGCGAGGCUCCAUCGUGCUGGUGUUUCUACUUGGACUAACCUGGACAUUCGGGCUCCUCUACUUGAACCAAGAAACCGUCAUGAUGGCGUACCUCUUCACUAUAUUGAACAGUCUCCAGGGACUGUUUAUCUUUGUGUUCCUUUGCGUACAGAACGAGAAGGUGAGAAACGAGUAUCGAAAAUUUGUACGCGACCAUCCGUGGGUGCCCAAGUGUCUGAGAUCCUCGAUGACCGCCGCGUUAAACGGUUCGGCCGACGGCAGCGGCGGUACCGGCGGAGCCAACGGCGGCAAGGACUUCGUCCUGCACAACACUUCGUCGAAUCCCUCGGCACCAACCACGGACAGUUCCGGAGCGUCGUCGCACUCAGCCAAUUACUUGAUGUCCGGUCGAAGCUUGGCGGUAGUCGAUAGGCAGCCGGCAAUAACGAUGCCAGGUGAACUCACCUCCAACGAGGCUCAUAUCGUGGCUAGUCUACCGCACGCACGUCACGCCUUCUUACCCUCAGCUCCCAAUAUUCCCCAAUCUGCCACUUGGGGCCACCUUAACAAAAAUCUCACGUGGAAGAACAUUUCUUUUAAGUCCCACUCCCGUGAUUCCGGACACGGUUCCGAGCAAGAGGACUCCCCGCGGAUGCGCAACACCCUGACUCACGGCCACUCCAGCAGACGACGCGGUGCCCCGAAUAACGUCAACGACCUGAACACCGGCGUCAGGAUGUCCGGAGGGAGACGCGCGGCGAUGCCGUACAAUCACACGUAUACCGAGAUCGCGGACGGUCGUGCUAGCAACGGCAGCAACGGGCGGCAAGUGCACAGUCAACGCCACGGCCAACACGUACGCAUGCCACGCGGCUUUGUCAACGAGGACGAUCCGGUAUACGAGGAGAUCGAGCGUAACAGCGGCGUCGUCGGCUCAAACGAGAUUCACAUGUCGGACAUGUCCGACGAGGACGGACGUCGGCAGAGCGACAUGAGCAGACAAUCGUCCAGAAGCUACGGUGAUCACCGACCGCUGAUCCAAUACUCGUCCACUGCCAACCGCAACCUGCCACAUUACGGGCAGACAGUGACAGAACGCGGAAGCAACGGCGGCAACAACUUAGCGCACUACGACUCGGAAUACGGACCGACCAUGGAGAGGACAAUGAACGCCUGCUGGGAGAAACUUCGCCGGCAGCAGGCCGCUAGAUACGAGCUCGGUGAUUUGCCGCGGCUGCCGGCGGGAUACGGCAUGCCGCCGCAGCAGGAUCAUACGCGCACGGUGGCCGUGCUGGACGGGCACACCGUUGUUUGCCACCUGCAGCCACAGACAGGACGCGGUAUGCCACCGCCGUCUUACAGCGAGUGUUAAAGUCUCGAUCGCGAUCAGGAUCAGAAUCAGGAAUCCUUCCACGUCCUCGUGCGCGACGGACGUCCCCUAAGAGACAACGGUCCGCUGGUCGCCGGAACCGACCGAUAAAACGUGAACCGAUUGGACAGUUCGUUUCGUCCGGGACUACAGGAUGUUGGUGGUGAUGGGGGUUACGGUGGUGAUGGUGAUGACAACUCUCUCGUUCCUUCAAGAGGACAGCCUUGCGCCGCCGAUCGUCGGAGAGCAAGGAGGAGAACCCACAGAAGAGCUUAGCUCAAUCGUAAAACGCGACGGUGAUUCUCGAUGUAAAUUUUGUCGCGCUUUAGCCAUAAUCGAUGUAUAAUCGCGGGCGUUCUAGUGAACGCCACUCUUAUCUCCGUUCAGAUGGAAUUCGAUGGGAAAAACGUCUUCUCGCGACGAGGAGACAAAAGGCAAUGAAAAAUGGUGCGAGUGAGCGUGAAUGUGAAAGAACGAAAAUGUGCGAGUGCGCGAGAUCGACGGGCGUCCAACUAGGCUAUCAUGUCGUCCAACGGACGCCCGCGUCUUUUAGGAUACAACUAUAUGUAUAUUAUUGUAUGACCAACGCGGAUUCUGUGUAACAUAUUUGUAGCGAACCUCUCGUUUAGGCUAAGUCGACGAACUAAUUGCCCGGCAGCUCGGUUCGUCGAUUUCAAACCGAGUCCAAAAACCGGCGAAAUUGGCGAACUGAGCGCGUGAUCGAAAAAAAAAAAAAGAAAAAAAAAAGAAAAAAAACGUGACGAGUAGGAAGCAGCUUUCCCAAGUCUGAAGCGACAUGAAGAUCGGUUUCAACGAUCUCGAAAGAGAGAGAAAGAGAGAGGAUUUUACCUUGAGUUUGAGCACAAUGAUAUUUUUGCGGACUUCGUACGAGCGUAAUGAACCAAAGUCUUAUUAUCUUGAUGUUAAAGAGCUCGUGGACGAUUUUUGCAAAAUAUUUGUUGUAUACAAAAAAUGCAGAAACAAAAAAAAAUAGACUUUAUUAUUCCCCUUAGUUUACAAAGGACUUCCAUUUGCCUCGAACCUUCCGUACACAUUGCGCCUAUGAAACUAUGUGUUAUAACUAACUUACAAACUACCCUUAUUUUUACAUCAAUAAAUACUAGAAAUAUAAAACUUCUUUUGUUAUUAUUAUUCUAAGUAUUUCUCGAUAUUUAUUUUACUUUUUGUUUUAAAAAUUGUUUUGUGAUGCGACGCGUCUUACGAUUUUGAGAAUAUCGAACUGUUCACCUAUCUAGGGCAAAACGAAAAACAAAAAACACGCAUUUCUGUGGAAUCUACUUCAAUAAGUAUAUUCUUAUAAGAGAGAUCUGUAGUAUUACUUUCGUCCCCCACGUAUAUUUCCCACGCCUACGUUACACGUCCGGGCUUCUCAACCUCAUCCAGUAAGUAUUGUAGAGAAUUUCACACCAGUAAAACAACGCAUAACCGGCACAUCGUGAUCAGACCGAAUCCCAUCCUCGUGUGCGCUUGGGGGCAGGAAAAAAAAUAUAUUACGCGAGCCGAUACUCGACAUGUGUCCGCGUUUACAAAUACCUUACAAAACGUCGACAACGAUGUCCGGGCCAGGAAGACGAGUGGAGAAAGCGUGUUUCGAGCGAGCCUUCAUAAUGUGAUAUACAUCGAUUGAAAUUGAGUUGACUCGAUAUAGCGAACACUUAUGUA